GUUAUUCUUAGCUCACAUUAAUGCCGUCGUUAAGGAUGAUAGGCAAAUCAAAUUGUGGAAUCUUUUCAAAUUUUGUUUCGAACCGGUUCCGUUAGGGCUUUAUCCAUCGCAGAGGUUUAACAAAUUGUAUGGCGGCGAUUCUCCGUCUUCCUUAUUCUUCAAUUCGCCGAGCCUCCGCCUUUUCCCCUCUUUCAAUUCUCUUCCGCUCCCCAACCGCUGCCGUUUCCUUCUUCUGCUCGUCGUCGGAAUUCGCCGACUCCGUUGCUAUAGAUGAUUCGAAACGAAGUCCUCUGAAGCCUGGGCUUUACCUCGUUGGAACUCCCAUCGGUAAUCUCGAAGAUAUCACUUUACGUGCUAUUCGUGUAUUGAGAUGUGCUGAUGUGAUACUCUCUGAGGAUACGAGACACUCUGGCAAGUUGCUUCAUUACUACAAUAUCAAAGCUCAGCUUCUCAGUUAUCACAAGUUCAACGAGGCACAAAGAGAACAAGCUGUCUUGAAUCGGUUGAAACAGGGAGAGAUUGUCGCGCUUAUCAGCGACGCUGGGACACCCGGAAUUAGUGAUCCUGGUACUCAACUUGCUAAAAUGUGUGCGAAAGAGAAUAUAGAUGUGAUUCCAAUCCCUGGGGCUUGUGCUGUAGUUGCUGCUCUUUCUGCCUCUGGUUUGGAUACUCAUGAGUUCACCUUCGUUGGAUUUCUCCCUAAGCAUUCUGGAACAAGGAAAGUGAGGCUGGUUAUUUCAUCUAAUGAGACAAGAACACAAAUCUUUUAUGUUCCACCUCACAAGUUGUCACAGUUUCUUGAUGAAACCACCCCUUACUUUGGUGAAUCAAGGCGAUGUGUAAUAGCUCGAGAGAUUACAAAGCUGCAUGAAGAGUUUUGGAGGGGUUCGUUAGGGGAAGCCAAGCAAGAGUUUCUGAUCCGUCAACCAAAAGGAGAAAUCACGCUUUUGAUUGAAGGAAAGGAAGAGACCAAAACUGAGAAUCCAACGGAAUCUCAACUUGAACAAGAGUUAGCAGUGUUGAUCUCUGAUGGACAUAGCCUAUCCUCUGCGGUGAAAACGGUGGCAGAAAGUACAUCGAUGAGAAAGAAACAGGUAUAUUCGCUAGCUUUGAAGAAAUUCGGAAAGCAGAUUCAGGUAGAAGACGAAGCUGCUGAGUAAAUGAGAGGCCGUUGCCAUUUUGAAGCUUUUGCUUUAAACUCAUCAAUGUCGUGUUGUAAUGAUCUUGAACUCUCGAAGCCAUUGAGCUUUGGAUCUUGAUUUGAUGGGCUUUUAGUACGGGUUGUUUCCUCCAGACUGUUUUAGUAUUUACUUAUCUAGGUUUUUAGAGUAAUUCAACUGUUUUCUAAUAUCAAUUCGGUUUCGGAGCUUUUAUCGAAAAGAACAAUUAUUGAUAAUUUGAAUAUGAGUUUUUUUUUUUUCCA